CACAAUACGUGAGAGAGGUUCUUUCUUGUAUUGUAUAGGCAGAGAAGUUCGUAAGUUGUUGAUCAAAAACAAUAACGUACUGAGUAUUAUCAAUAUACAACCAAUGACUGAAAACCAAAGGAUUCAUCCUGUUGUAGACAUGGAAGCACCGCGACCACCACCACCGACACGUCCUUUAGUGCCUCGAGGCUCGUUUAAAUCAGAAAAAGGCGAUCCAACGCGGCUUCAGCAGCCAAUAAUUAACCAGCCAUUCAGACGUACCGCUCCUGUAAUGUAUCCAAGACCACCCACUAAGAAGAGAAGUUGUUGUUGCAAAUGCAUUUGCUGGACAAUUAGCCUCAUCAUACUCCUUAUCAUCAUUAUUGCAGCAAUUGCUGGUAUUCUUUACCUUGUUUUCAAACCAAAGAUCCCUCAAUACUCUGUAGACAACCUCAGAAUAUCAGAUUUGAGGCUCAAUUUCGACAUGAGCCUCUAUGCAAGAUUUAAUGUCAGAAUCACUGCUGUGAACCCCAACAAGAAGAUUGGAAUCUAUUAUCAGAAAGGAAGUCAUUUGACUGUGUGGUACAAAAACACAGAGCUCUGUAAAGGGUCCAUUCCCAAGUUCUAUCAAGGUCAUCAGAAUAAAACAGUACUUGACGUGGCCUUAACUGGGCAAUCACAGUAUGGUAAUACAUUGAUGUCUGCAAUUCAAGAGGCAACACAAACUGGAAGAAUCCCAUUAGAUCUUAAGAUUGAAGUUCCAGUUAGUGUUAAACUUGGGAAGCUCAAGUUGAGAAAGGUGAGGAUAAUGGGAGAUUGCUUGCUGAUUGUCGAUAGCCUCUCUGCUAAUAGUUUGGUCCGGAUUAAGGCCAGUACUUGUAAGUAUGGGUUGAAGCUCUAAAAGCUUCUGCAUUGUAUUCAUAUUUGUUCUUUACUUUAGAUUUUUAGUUCUGUUAUUUUGUUUGUGAGAUCUCUAUUCUUGUCAGUGAAGAUGUUAUCCAUAGAUAUUAGGAGAAUUCUAUUACAUACAUACAUCUUCAUUAUU